AGCCUCAUUUCUUCUUUAUCUACUAGUUUCAGUCCAACUGCUGUUAGGUAUAAUUCCACUAUGGAUUCCAAGAUAGAGGAGAUCACUGCCAGAUUACAAGAUAUUUCUUCCCAAAAAAAUGAUUUCUGUUUGAGAGAGAAUGCUGAAGGAAUAUCCAACAGAAAGAGAAAAAGACUGCCCACCACUUCUUUGGUAGUUGAAUCAUGUGUUUAUGGUAGAGAAACAGAUAAAGAGGCCAUACUUGACAUGCUGCUCAAGGAUGAACCAAGUGAAAAUGAAGCCUGUGUAAUUUCUAUCGUUGGCAUGGGAGGCAUCGGCAAGACCACUCUUGCCCAACUUGCAUACAAUGAUGAGAAAGUGAAGGAUUGUUUUGAUAUGAAAGCUUGGGUUUGUGUUUCUGAUGAUUUUGAUGUUAUGAAGAUAACCAAAACUAUUCUCGAGUCGAUUGCUUCUAGUACUGAUCAUGGUGUCAAUGAUUUAAAUUUGCUUCAAGUUGCUCUCAAGGAAAAGGUGUCUGGGAAGAAAUUUCUGUUUGUCUUAGAUGACCUUUGGAAUGAAAGAUGCAUUGAAUGGGAUAGUUUAUGCUCACCUUUAAGAGCUGGUGCUAGAGGUAGUAAGCUGAUCAUAACCACUCGGAACAUGAGUGUUGUUUCAGUCACUAGAGCUUAUUCUAUUCAUCCCCUAAAGGAGUUGUCACGUAAUGAUUGUCUAUCUGUGUUUUUUCAGCAAGCACUAGGGACGACAAAUUUGGAUUCCUAUCCACAGCUGAAAGUAAUUGGGGAGGAAAUAGUGAAGAAGUGUAAAGGCUUGCCUUUGGCUGCAAAGUCCUUAGGAGGCAUGUUGCGCAUGAAGCUGAACCAAGAUACAUGGAUAGAUAUCUUAGAAAACAAGAUAUGGGAUUUACCAGAAGAAAAAAGCGGCAUUCUUCCAGCUCUCAAAUUAAGCUACCAUCAUCUCCCUUCCCAUUUGAAGCGGUGUUUUGCUUAUUGCUCAAUGUUUCCAAAGAGUUAUGAAUUUCAGAAAGGUGAAUUAAUCUUGUUAUGGAUGGCAGAAGGUCUUUUGCAACAUGUUAAAGGAAAGAGGCAGAUGGAGGACAUAGGCUCUGAAUAUUUUUCUGAGUUAUUAUCAAGAUCAUUUUUUCAACCAUCAAGUGACAAUUCAUCCCGAUUUGUGAUGCAUGACUUAAUUAAUGAUCUGGCUCAAUCUGUUGGAGGAGAAAUAUGUUUUCAUUUGGAUGAUAAGUUGGAAAAUGAUCUGCAACAUCCCAUUUCGGAAAAAGUUCGUCACUUGUCAUUCAGUCGUAAGUACCAUGAAGUGUUUAAGAGAUUUGAAACUUUUGACAGGAUUAAGAAUUUACGAACAUUAUUAGCAUUGCCAAUCACUGAUAAUCUCAAGAGCUGCAUGUCAGCUAAGGUUUUACAUGAUCUGUUAAUGGAAAGGAGAUGCUUACAGGUGCUAUCUUUAACUGGUUAUCGCAUAAAUGAACUUCCAAGUUCAUUCAGUAACUAG